AUGGCUGCGUGCGCCACGAUCGUCGCCCUUGCCUUCGUCUACCUAUAUUUCGUCCACUUUCAGGCGCCACUGGAGCCGGGCACCACUCUACUGCCUCCAGCGAGUGCCUACUACUGCUCGACAGAGUUCUGCAACCGAGAAGCUGAAAGGCUCAAGUCUCUCUUGAGCAGCACGACGGGGCCUUGCGACAAUUUCUACCAGCACGUGUGCGACAAGUGGGUUCGUAGUCAGCGCUUGGAGAGCCCUGGAACUGGCACCGCAGUUUCUAGUGACACAAUCAUCCAAGACCGGCUCAUCGAUAGUCUGGCAGCCGAUCUGGUAUCGAGUAAACAGGCCACUGUAGCCCUCGAGCUAUACAACUCGUGCACAGACCGCACUCAAUCUGGCAGGGCGUUUGCAGCCAUGGAUGACCUGUUUCGGCAGUGGACGAUCGGCCGCUGGCCAUUAUACGCGUUAGCUUCUGCCAGAGACGUGUGGUAUUUUGCUGGCGAGCUUCUCAAAGACGUCGGGCUGAAUGCGCUAGUAGACGUACACGUAGCCGUCGACUCGGAAGACCCCACCAAGGUCGCUAUAGGGUUGAAAAAGCCGUCUUUUCUCUUUUCCUGCAACGAUGUUGCCCGGCCUGGUGUCAUUAACAUGCUUCAAGACGCGCUCGUGGAAACCAUGGGAGCUGUCGCGCGUUCAGCCAACCAGCAGCUCGUCGACGAAGUCAUGCAAGUCAUCACUCGCCUUAGCGCCAGUCCCCUUGAGCCGCCCGUUUCGGAGACCGGUAUGCGUGGUUUCAACGUGGUUAGGCUGUCGGACAUGGACCCUGGCGUCGUCGAUCUUCUGAGAGCUACGUUUGGCAAUGACUCCUCGCUUGGCAAGGAAACGAAGGUAGUGCUCAAGUCGGCAGAUUUCCUUCAGGGACACCUAGUCGCAGCACUUAGAGAAUUGCCGCCGCGUGCUGUGAUGAACUAUUUGGGCUUUCUGGUUUUCAUCAACCUCGCGCCAUUCUUCCUCGACAGGCACCGACUCCUCCGUCAGCUCUUCAGCAAGAGCGUCCUCGGUAGGACUCUUCCCGACGUGUCGAACACGGGUCGGCUGUGCCUGGUGGCCGUGGAACGUGUGCUGCCUGGAUGCUUCGCGAAGAUAUCGAGCCAAUAUUUCCAGGCCUCGGGUGGCAUCGUCGCCAACAAGCUCUCGCAGCUGGUGACCAGCUUUGGGCGCAGCGUCGAAUAUCUUGCCUGGAUGGACGACAUGGCUGUCGUCUUGUCCCGCUAUCUCCUCAAAGAAUUCGCGACGACAACGAGCAGCAACGACAGCGCCUUCUGUCCCGCGUCUUUCACCUCGUACGCGGGCGACAGCUCGGUGAAGUUCUACGUGGCCGUGUCGCGAGACCGCCAGCGAAGAAUGCUCAGGCUGCUGACGAAAAGCGACAGCGGUGACAUGGCGCCAGUGUGGCGCUCACAGCUUCUGACCACAGCGACUUACGACGCCCCCAGAAGGCGGCUGCAUAUCCCCGCGGCGCUGUUCAACGUGUCCGUGCCUGCUAACACGAGCCACUUCUCGCUUCACUUCGCGCGCUUUGCCGUGCGCUUCUAUCGAGCCGUCGUGGAGGCGCUGCUGCUCAGGGACGCCGUCCAGCCGUCGCUGCGCUACAGCGACGACCUGCAGCGGCGCUUCGAGCACCUGCUCGGCUGCUUCGAGUGGGAGCUACGGCAGCUUCCUGCUGGCCUCAGCCACUCGGCCGUUGCCCCGCACUCGGUGACGGCACGUGGUGCUUUCCUGCAGCAGACAGUGGCAGUGCAGCUGGCCUUCAGAGCUUUCCAGGCAUGCAGAUCUUACUUACAUUAUAAGUGA